UCGAAAUAAUAUCAUGAAAAUAUCGAAUAUCAUAAAGUAACACCGCAAUACUUCAACUCGUUUUUUCAAGCUUAUUCGACAUUGUAACAAGCAAAUAAAGUAAUAAAAGUAUAUUUUCAUAGUCUAAUUGUAGCCAUGCCAUGUGGAAAGCGGGCAUUAGUUAAAAAUUGGGAUAAGCCACGAGAAAUUCGGGUGAUUAAACCUUCGCGGUAUGAGCAGAAUGAAGCCUCUGUAAAAGUUCAUUGGAGAAACGCUAUACGUGCACUGGAGCUGUCCUAUCAAGACGAAGCGUUUUGGGCAUCGCAAAGUGAUACGGUUCGUGAACUCGUAGGACCAAAAAUAUAUAAAAGGAUAGUCAAGAUAUUCGACUUGCCAGAUGAAAAGCACUACCAGCCUCGUUCAGAGAGAUCGUCUCUGGACCCUUCAGAGCUGUACUACCAAACUGGAUCAGGUGCUCCUGUUGCAGGUCCUACACCAGGAACAUACUCAGAAAGCGACUUUGACCCAGCAAUUUAUGAUGACAUGGGAGAAGAAGAAGAGCCUGCAGUAGAACAAUCGGAACUUUGGACCACAACCUCAGAAACUACUACCGAUUUGAGAAGACCGUCCAAAUCGAGAUCAAUGUUGAAAGCAAAGUCACUCAGCUCAUCAAAAACAAUAUCUAAAUCUUUUUCGAAAUCAAUGUCUAAAUCCUUCUCGAAGUUAAGUAAGACAAAAAUUAAACCAAUAUCUCCAUCAUCGCGAAUUAUGAAGUCUGGGCUAGAAUCGAGCAUUGAUGAACCGGCUACAACUCUAGAUGACUUAGAAGUACAUGUUGGUGAAGAUAAAAUGAAGCAAGCCAUCAGGUCAAGGUUUCAAUUAAAAGGAAGAAAUCCUCACUUUGACAUGCUGUAUUGCAAUAAAUCUGAAACGGACAUGAUAAAAUGGAAAUCCAAGUAUAAACAGAAGACCAUUGAAGUAUCUGCGUCAGAUGAAUUCAGCAAGAAAGCUGAAAUCAUGACAAAGAAGAUUGCCAAAGAAUUCUAUGAUUGGUGGUCCGGCCUAGGCAAUGUAGAAUUUAAAAGUGAAAUUAAACGACCACAAGAUAUUGAAGAUUUGUUCCAAGUAUGGUUUGAUGAGCACGCAUCGCGAGGACUCGUGCUUGAUCCUAAGAUUCUUCCUUGCGUACUUCAAAGUAUUGCGGAUUAUGUUGGUGCUAAAAAGAGAUCGUGUCCAAGAGUUCUUAAGCGACAAAUCGCAUACGAUAUUCAUGCAGAGACCAGUCCUGCACAUACAAUGGCAUUCGGCACAUGUCUCCCACAAAAGUUGAAACACAUUCCACCGAAGAACAACACGGAGAGCUUAUGGCAUUGCGUCAAAAUACCGGAAGAUUUGCGCACAAUGGCUUGCGUCUGGGAUAAUAUACAGCAUCUAACAUCGACCAAAACCUUCCACCAGUGGCUACAAAAACGGCCACAUUUCCCGAUGCCACCUUUCCUGAAAUCACUCGAAGAGCCCGGCGAGAAAAAACAGCCGUUCAUUGUUCCAUCGGAUUACGUUUUGAAGGAAAAGACUUCUCUAACCUCUACACCAGACUUGGCUUUACCGGUCUCUGAAUUCUCUCUAGAACUCAAAGCGAUUUUGAGCGAACUUCUAAACGAUUGACGGUGAAUUUAUAUCGAUUUUGUUUAUAUCGAUUUUAUACUUCUUGAUAGAUUGAAUUGCUAUUUUGUACUUGUUUAGACUAAUAAAAUGAUUUAUUUACACUA